AUGGCAUAUGCUUCGGCCACACCGGACUCCCCCGCCGAGGAUGUCCGACAACGUCCUCCGCGGUAUCCCGGCGAAGACACUACUCCGACGAGCCGACGAGAGAUCUUGGGAUGGUAUGCCUAUGGUAUUGCAGCAGAGGUCUUCGCCGUAUGUGGCGUAGGCUCUUUCCUACCUCUCACGUUAGAACAAUUGGCACGCGAACACGGAACCCUUAAAUCCAGUCACCUUCCCUGUACUGGUCCAGACUCUCCUUCAGCAGCUCCUGGAAAUGGAACCGCCCCGGCGAUGUUUCGGCGCGAUGGGACAGACAAUGAACAAUGUGUUGUGGGACUAUUGGGUCUUGAGAUCAACACCGCCAGUUUCGCCAUGUACACUUUUUCGCUGGCUGUGCUGGUCCAAGCAUUGACUUUGGUGUCAUUCAGCGCUCUGGCGGAUUACGAGAACAACCGCAAAACACUGCUAUUGGCAUUUGGGUUCCUCGGAUCUAUGACUAGCAUGCUUUUCGUCCUCAUAGCGCCACCGGUCUUUGUGCUCGGCGCGUUGUUGGUGGUCAUUGGCGUCACAUGCCUUGGCUCAUCGUUUGUCGUCCUCAAUUCCUUUUUGCCCGUUCUGGUGGCCAACGAUCCGUCCGUUCAAGAGGCGCCCAAGCAAUCCGAGGAGAUGCACGAUUUUGAUUCAGAUACAGGCUUUUCUCCCCGCCGAGAUUCGUUUGGCGAUGACGAGCACGGCUCGAGCACUCAUGGCACUGCUGGCCUGGGACAGGGAAGCGACUCAAAGUCAAUGUCGCCGGAACUGCAAUUAUCGACUCGAAUCUCGUCUAAAGGCGUUGGAUUGGGCUAUUGCGCCGCGGUCCUUGUACAGAUCCUGAGCAUCACUAUGCUCUUUACGCUGUCGAAGACGUCCAUCUCGAAGGUCUCGGGGACUCUUCCUCUGCGAUUCGUUCUUCUGCUGGUCGGAAUAUGGUGGUUUUCCUUCACCUUAGUGACCCGUCGGUGGCUGCGCAACCGCCCUGGACCCCCGUUGCACUCAUCCACCGCGGGCGGGCAUGGUAGCCGGUGGCGCGCUUGGCUGGGCCUGGUCGGCUUUGCAUGGAAGUCGUUGUGGGGAACCAUCAAGAUCGCAGUGAAGCUUCGAGAGGUGAUGGUAUUCCUGGUCGCAUGGUUCCUGAUAUCUGACGCCAUGGCCACGGUGUCCGGCACGGCCAUUUUGUUCGCGCGCACGGAGCUGAAGAUGAGCACCACGCUGAUCGGGUUGUUGUCAAUCACCGUGACGCUUUCUGGAAUGGCGGGAGCAUUCCUGUGGCCAGUUGUGUCGCGCCGCUUCAGUCUCAAAUCCAACCAAACGAUCAUAAUUUGCGUUGCUCUGUUCGAACUUAUCCCACUGUACGGCAUGCUUGGGUUCAUCCCACUCUUUAAGAAAUGGGGCGUAAUCGGGCUCCAGCAACCAUGGGAAAUUUUUCCGCUAGGAGUUAUCCAUGGAGUGGUCUCGGGUGGCCUGUCAUCGUACUGCAGAUCCUUCUACGGACUGCUGAUCCCCCCUGGCAGCGAAGCCGCUUUUUAUGCGCUCUACGCCGCGACCGACAAGGGGAGUUCGUUUAUUGGACCGGCCAUUGUGGGCCUGCUUGUCGACGCGACUGGCCAAGUGCGCACGGGAUUUUUCUUCAUUGCAAUCUUGAUUGUCCUGCCGAUUCCGCUGGUGUGGAUGGUGAACGCGGACAAGGGACGACGCGAGGGAGUCGCCAUGGCGCAGCGACUGGAGAUGGAACAGAAAUCCGAAGGAGGCGAACCCACUGAGGAGGCAGAGGGCCUGUUGGCGCGCGGGAUGUGA